AUGUACAUACAUUUGCAUUUUUUUUGUAGAGCAAGAUCACGAUCACCAAUUCAAAUAUUAAGUGAAGCUAAAGAUAGUAUCACAUCACUACAAGUUAAAAAUUAUGAGAUUGUAGCAGGAAGCACUGAUGACCCUGUAACAUCAGUUACUUUAUCAAGUGAUAAUAAUUAUAUACUUGCUAGCUCUUUAGAUAGUGUCAUAAGAUUAAUGGAUAAGGAGGAUGGUCACAAGAAUUCAACUUACAGGGUUAAUUCAUGUUUAUCAAAUGAUGAUUCUCAAAUUAUCAGCGGGUCUGAAGAUGGGUCUAUUUAUAUUUGGGAUUUGUUAAAUGGGAAUCUAUUAAAAACAAUUGAAGCACAUCCGGGUAUAGUAGUUUAUGUAACAUAUCAUCCUAGAAUAGAUGAGAUGCUAUCAUCUAGUAUAGACGGAUUAGUGAAAGUAUGGAGAUCUUGA